CUCAAUUGUCUUUUGUCUCUGGAGUACUUUAAGACUCUUCAACUGUCUCUAUCUAUCUUGUCUGUAUACAUCUGGAAGUGAAACAAGAGGCCAAACCAGAUUAAGAGUUGUGUCUGUUUUGUAGUUAGAGAGAGACACUGAAACACCAAACCUAGAAAUGCAGCUAAGAGACUCCAUUGAUAAGUCCAAAUUGUUAUUCCACAAAACUCUCAAAAAUCUCAAGUCCCUCUUCUUUGGAGGGUACCAAAAGCUACCAAGAUCAGUUUCUUUCAACCCCUUUUCAUGUGCCAAUUGUGGCCUAAAGAGUCAUCAGGCAGAUGGGUACUACACUGAGUUUUGCAAUGAGUGGGAGUGUGAUCUUGAGAAGGCAAUGAAGAGGAAGAAGAAGAAGAGCGGUCUCGUAGUUUCGAAAGAAGUUGUGCUUGAAGAAAAAGAGGAAGAGAAAGAUGAAUGCAAUGCAAAUUCUGCUGAACUUCCCAAGAGUCCAUUGAAGAAGAAAGAAGAGGUAAUUAAGGAAGAGAAAAACAAGAAAACUUCACUCUCAAGAAAACUAGAAAAACAAUUUGCAAAGAAGAACAUUGAAGGAGGCUAUGCACUUGCCAAAAAGAUGAAAGAAUUAGAAAUGAUGGAUGUAAAUGAUGUAGAACAUGUGUUAGAUGUGGAAGAAGCGCUUCAUUACUACAAUCGUCUUCGAAGUCCGGUUUAUCUUGACAUUGUCGAUCAGUUCUUCACUGAUAUGCAUAGAGAAUUCUCUGUUCCGCAGCCAUCUGCUAGCAUCAACAGUUCAAAGCGGAGACUCAGUUCGAUUAGGUUAUAAGUAGAUUACCAUAUUUCUGAGUUUUUACUGUGUGUAUAUGCUAUUGUUUCCUUGUUUUAAUAGUUCCUUAUUUUGCAAUAUGAGUCUGCAAAUUCAUCUUUCAAAAUAUUCUCCCUGGAUUUCUGUUCUUGAUCAUGUUUUGCCAAUGUGAGAUGCAUACAAUGUGUUCUAAAAA